UUAACCUUUGUUUAACCUUUGUUUAACCUUCGUUUAACCUCUAUUUAACCAGGAGUAAAAGCCUUGUGGCCCGACACGCAGCAGCACAUAAAACACUUGCAGACAAACAAAAAACUAUUUACAAAGAAAACAAAAGAACAAAUGACAAAAUGACAAACAUCUCCGGCCAGAUGCUUCUGUUCCCGGAGGUUCAAGCGAUUCUGCGACUGAUUCCUGGUCGCCGUCCCCGGUCCAGUAGCCUUCGGGGACAGGCAGCAGAAGUGAGUCCCGGGAGCGAAGACGGAAACGCUCCAUGCUUUUUAGGAUGCAGGUGUGUAGGCAGGAGGGAGGCGGCCCCAGGGUGGCCUUAUCGAUAAGAACAUGGCAGUGAUUGAACCUGCGAUUUAUUAAUCCGUCCUCCAGCUGCUCAGUGUUUAUCUAAGCUGCAGCAGACGCGUCGGGAAGCGUACAGUAUUCAGUUUGUGGGCGUUCAGAUUCAAACCUCCAACACGGAGCUCAGGCACAGUUUGAGCUGCUGGAAAUAACUCAGAAUCAAUCAGAGAAGUGGAUUUCAGCCCCGAGACCAGAGACACCACAGACUGAAAAGUCUCCGCUGAGCCCUGAAACCAGAACUCGGCUGGUUUUUAAGACUUUGAUGUUUUUAAAUUUGAAAAAUAAAUGUCAGAGUAGCUGCGGCCACAGUCUGUCCUCGCUGCACAUUUCCUUCUGCGAUAACAGACAUUUAUCUGAGUCAGGAGUCUCGUCAGUGUCCCGGUGAUGCUGAGAAGACUCAAGUCUGCAGAACAGGCAGAAAUGCUGCUUCACUGAGCAACAAACAGCAUCAAGUACAAACGUGUCAAAAGAAUCUUUGAUUUUGUUCAUGAGAAAUAAAACGAGAUGAAACAUAAUUCACUUUAACUGAUAACAACGAACAUUAACAGUCAGACAGUAAUAAUAAUAAUGGAUCCCCCAAACCCCCGCGCUUUGUCUUCACAGCGCAGGCGCUUCCCCGUCGCGCACGCGCUUUGCUCGCUCUCGGCUCGUUCACGCGCACGUCCCGUCUCUCUUACUCUAAACUUCAGACUGAGACCAGACGGGGAUGGAUGAUCCGGAUCAGACCUCAGAGACACGGACAUGAUGAUGAUGAUGAUGAUGAUGAAGGUGUUUACUGGUCGUUUAUUGGCUGCUGUGUAGAGACGCGCGCGCCGUGUACAGAGAGAAGAGGAAGAAGAAACUUCCCGCUGCAGUUUGGAUGUUUGAUGGACUAAAAGAAGAAGAAGAAGAAGACAAUCAGCAGAAGAAGAAGUCGGAGGAGUUCCUGUUGAAACUUUUCCUCAGCGCGCGCUCCCGCCGCCUGCGGGUGCCCUGCUGUAACGCGCAUGCUCUCUCCACAGCUCCUGCUGUGUAUAAUGGACCGAUUGUGUCACCGGGCCCGGUGGUGACGUCACCGGAGAGCGAGGCGCGCGGCCGCGGAUCCAGCUCAGGACCGGGAGUGGCGGGAGCGCGCCUCAGCUGAGUUCAUGAACUGAGUCUGUAGUGUGUGUGUGCGUGAGGAUGAGCGGUGGUAAAAAGAGGAGUGGCUUCCAGAUCACCAGUGUGACCUCAGACUUCAACCAAACUCCAGCUGGCCAAUCAUUUCCCAGCGUGGUCCUGACCGUCCUCCAAUCAGCAGCCUCCUUCUCCUGCAGCCCUCAGGGAAGUUCCUCCCAGCCGACCACGCCCUCUCUGAAGAGGAAAUACAUCUCCCAUGAUGCCUCGGGGCAUGGGGCGGGGUCUUCCUCCAGGUUCAGGGUGGUGAGGCUGGCUGUGGGCGGGGCCAGCAGCGGUGGGCGGGCCGAGCCGUAUUGCCGUGGGCGAUGGACGUGCACAGACUUUAUGGAGCGACAGGAAGGGGCGGGGUUCAGCCAGGUGAUAGACACCAUGAGACACGCCCACUCGCUGGAGUCCUUGGAGAUGAUUGGUCGGGACAUAGACAGAGGCGGAGUCCACUCCCAGGACACCGCCCACCUGCUGGCUCAGCCAAUCAGAGGUAGGGAGGGUGCAGGGUUCAUGCUGCGCAGCUGGACGCCCUCCCUGACGCACCAAGAGCCAAUCAACAUCCGGCUCCUGGACAGCAAGGACCCAAUGGGAGUACAGGGUUUCAACUCCACUCCUCCACCUCCUUCGCCCCGCCCACGAAACGUCCCUCCUCCUCUACGAUUGGAUGUUGACGCCGCAGGACGGUCUGUCCUCAGGCUGUCUCACUCUCAGCCCAGCUCCCCGCCUGCUGGACUGUACCAUCCCACUCUGACCCCCAUUCAGACUCCAGGAGCAUUCAGUUUGGACCAAAACAUCUUCAACCUGCCGGGGGACGCCAGUAGUUCCAGUAACAGUCUGAUCGCCAUAGACAACAAAAUCGAGCAGGCCAUGGACCUGGUGAAGAGUCACCUGAUGCUGGCGGUCAGAGAGGAGGUGGAGCUUCUGAGGGAACAAAUCAGAGAGCUGCAAGACAAGAACCAACAGCUGGAGAGAGAGAACCACAUCCUGAGAACCCUCACACACAAUGUACACAACACAUAACACACAUUACACACAACACAGUACACACAUAACACACAACACACGCUGACAGACCUGGGACUGACCACACACUCGAGUUUAACAGGCUGACUAAUGAGGACCCUGGUCACCAUGACAACAGGACUGUUUGUAGCAGCCGAGAUGUUCUGCAUGAUGAAGAUGAUGAAGAAGAGUAGAUUCUAAUAAAUUAAUCAUGUCUAACUACA